CGCUCGUUGAAGCAGGUGCGAGCUUGUCGCCUGGUAACUGUAAACAGUAAUGGCUGCCAAGUGAGUGCUACCGACACAAACCUAUCAUGUUGUUGGAGUAACCCCUCCAGUGUUUAUGGGCAGCUUUUGGUAACCAAUUGCCUACGAAUAAUCUGUAUACAUUAUUAAUGUGACCAUUCACUACAGAGGGAUACAUCAGAUUCUGUGACUACAGCAUGUAAACCUUUUAUAGCAAUUCUGCACGUAAGAGAUAUAACUGGUUGUCCUUUAUACAGGCAUUAACUGACACCAUGCCUGUGGCACAGACCAGACUAGAGACCUUACAGGUCUGUAAGUUACUACAAUGUGUUCGCAUGAAAGAAAAAAACCAGAUAGAGAAGAUGACAGUGAAUGGCAUUCCUCAUCUCAUCAAUUAUAAUGACGCCUCAGAGGGUCUGACAGCACUGGGCGUAGCUGCUGCUGCCAAUGAUGAUGAAAUGAUUGAGUUUCUCCUGGAACUUGGUGCGCAUCCUGACGUCCCAGACUUCAAAGGGCGAACAGCAGCUAUGAGAGCAGCUGAGUUUGGUCAUGUUCAGUGCCUUGAGAAGCUCACUAAAGCUGGGGCAGAUAUGAAAUCUAUUGAUUUAGAAGGAAAAGGUAUAUUAUUUUAUUGUAUAUCUCCAACGGAACGCCAUGCCAAGUGUUUGGAGUUAGCUGUAGUUAACGGUGCUGAAUCAAACAAUAUGUCUCGGGAUGGGAUCCCAGUUUUCAUGUUUGCCUGUGAGACAGCAGCAGAGAAUGAAGAUGCAUGCUUGCUGCUACUUGAAAAGGGAUCUGAUCCAAAUGGCAAACAAGAGAAAACUGGGAAGACCUGUCUGAUGGCUGCAUCCCUGAGUGGCAGUGUGAAGGUGGUCCGAGCAAUCCUGGAGGCAGGGGGUGAUGUGAAUGUCCUGGACAUACAGCAUACACAUGCUGCCCACUAUGCUGCCCUGACUGGAGGGUUUGAGGUGCUGGCCUGUAUGUCAGCCUAUGGAGCAGUGUUUGAUCAGUGUAACAACAAAGGCAACACCCCUAUACACAACGCCGCUCUUAAUGGCCAUGCAAUGUGCUGUAAAUUCCUCUGGCAAAGAGGUUGUAACCCAAAACCAAAGAACAAUGAUGGUGAAACUGCAAAAUCUUUAGCCAAAGAAAAAGAUCAAAAAGAGGCAGGGAAGGAGUUACGGAAAGCAGAGAAAGCCUUUGGAAAAGUCGGCAAGAACAAUGAACCAUGGGCAAUAGUCUUAUAUGACUGGGUAAUGGAACAAUCACAGAAAAUUUUAAAUGCUUAUAAAAGAUUUGAUCCAGAUGAAAAAGGAACAGUCCAGAAGGACGAGUUUUCUGACACUCUUGUUGGAAUGUCAGCACCAGCAGAAGAGGCAGACAUCGCUAAAGUGAUGACUCUUCACGACAAAGCAAGAGAUGGAAAUAUUGACUAUAAUGACUUUCUUACCGGAAAAAAAUGGAUGAAUAAAAAUUAUCUCAUGAGUGCAUUUGAAGGCAAAAAGAAAAAGAAGAAGAAGGGAGGUAAGGGGAAAGGGAAAAAAGGUAAGUUCAAGUUGGCCAUGCCCAUCUGUACCUCUGAGGAAGGACCUCGGACAUAUGGUGGUGCUCCCCCAGAAAUGUUCAUAGAAAGACAUAUACAUUUUACAGACACUGGUCGCUUUGACCGUGACAGACCUCCAAAACAUCCUCUGCAAGAUGAUUCUGCAUGGUAUCUUCAGCAUCCUGAGAAAAUGUACAUCAAUAUCAACGACGCGACAAAGAAUGGUGACUUUGAUUCUCUGAAAGGUGCCUUCCAAAAAGGCACCCCGGUAGACACAAGAGACAAGUACUACAAAACUCCACUCAUGGUGGCUUGUUCAAUUGGAAAUAUCGACAUGGUCAAAUUCCUUCUGGAAAAUGGGGCUUACAUCAACGCCAGAGACAACUUUAAGUGGACACCCCUCCAUCACGCCUGUCAUUCGGGCCAGCUGGAUGUUGUGUCAUUUCUAUUGGACAAUGGAGCAGAGUUGGAGGCUCACACCAUGAAUGGUGGCACCCCUCUGACUCGCGCAAUAGAGAGCUCCAGAGAGGGCUUGGUCACCUACCUCGUAGAUCGGGGAGCCAAGCUCCAAACUGAAAACAAGAAAGGUCAUAGUCCGUUGGACUUAGCAAAUUCCUGGGCUGACCCACGAGUCCUGAACUUCAUGCAGGCUAGGUGUGAUGGUCUGCCUGCUGGAGACAAAAAAGGCAAGGGGAAAGGCAAGGGCAAGGGAGGGCAGAAAUCUGCUCGCCCGACUUCUGUGCCGCCCCCUGCAGACAAGGAGAACACAGGACCAAGUCUUUUAUUGGAAAACACAAUGGAGAAGAUUCCAUUCAGUGCUUCGGGUGAGGAUCUUCCAUCGCGUCAGAGGAAGGGGUCAAUUUUGCGGGCGGCGUCUGCCCUAGCUAGUGGGGUGGAUGAGGAGGAGGACAUAACGUACAUUCCACUUAAGGCAUGGACAAAACAGCCGACCUCUCAAGAACUUAUCCAGGAGAAGCGGGUGCGCAGGGACAGAUAUGGUUGGGAGGUGGACUUUCCCGACUUUGAAAUGCCCUUCAUGAAAAAUGUAACCAAGAAAAAUGUUGCGAUGGGAGAUGAUGAUGAUUAAGAAUCAAAAUUAUAUAUCUCAUUUAUAUAAAAAUAUAAUAACUUAUAAAACAUGUGUGUGGUUUCUGUUUUGACACAAAAUCCUCUUUUGCAAUAGAAACACCAUCCAAACAGACUCAGUUGGAGACAUAGGUUAUGUUUGUUGAAAUUUGUAUAAAGUUUAUUCACAUGUUAUGCUAUUUCAUUUGUUUAUUAAUAUACCAGAAAUGUAUAUAUUUACAUACUGAGAACUUAGCUGCUGAUUUGUUGUACGGAUAUAUUGUGAUGUACUAAAAUACUGUCAUACUGUAUAUAUGCUGAAGUAUAGCUGCUAUUAUACUGACAAACUGUAAACUUACUGAAGUACAGCUGCUUGUAUACUGACAAACUGUAAACUUACUGAAGUACAGCUGCUAGUAUACUGACAAACUGUAAACUUACUGAAGUACAGCUGCUAGUAUACUGAAAAACUGUGAACUUGCUGAAGUACAGCUGCUACUAUACUGACAAACUGUAAACUUACUGAAGUACAGCUGCUAGUAUACUGACAAACUGUAAACUUACUGAAGUACAGCUGCUAGUAUACUGACAAACUGUAAACUUACUGAAGUACAGUUGCUAGUAUACUGACAAACUUUUAACUUACUGAAGUACAGCUGCUUGUAUACUGUCAAACUUUUAACUUACUGAAGUACAGCUACUUGUAUCCUGUCAAACUUUUAACUUACUGAGGUACAGCUGCUUGUAUACUGUCGAACUUUUAACUUACUGAGGUACAACUGCUUGUAUACUGUCAAACUUUUAACUUACUGAAGCACAGCUACUUGUAUACUGUCAAACUUUUAACUUGCUGAAGUACAGCUACUUGUAUACUGUCAAACUUUUAACUUACUGAAGCACAGCCUCUUGUACACUGUCAAACUUUUAACUUACUGAAGUACAGCUACUUGUAUACUGUCAAAUUUUUAAUCUACUGAAGUACAGUUGCUAGUAUACUGACAAACUUUAUAUAUGCUGAAGUACCCAGUGCAAAGCUGCUAGUAUACUGAUAAACUGUAACAUGAACAUGCUGUAGUACAGCAUGCUAGUGUUUAGCUUAAAGGCUGUAAAUAUUGUACAUAGUCUGAAUAUAUGUUAAACCAAUUAUGCAUUGUUUUGUUAAGGUUAGGUGCUGUUACUCAGACUGAGCACCUAAUGCCUUUUCUUACGUAUCUGUGAUAUACUAAAGUUGCACAUUUUUUUCAGAUAAAUGUUUUUUUAAACUGCUGAUAUAAAUAUUACAUCACCAGAAACUAUUUUUGCCUUAAUCAUGCAAAAUGUUUUGACUUACAAUGUAUGGGUGUGUGAGACAUGUAAAAUAAAUGUUUGAAUGAGCUAUGAACCUUGCCUCAAAUCAUAUUGAGACAUUUCAGGAGCUUCAAAAGCUGUUUUCAGCUUUAAAUUUCUCAACCUAAAAUCUUAUAUUUUCUAAAAAAAUAAAAUUCUUUUUCCUCUUUAUAUUUGUAGAAAUUAAGGAAAACAAAACGUAUAUUUUACACUUGACUUUAUAAAAAGUCCUGAUUUUAAUUCGAUUCAUAAAUCAUAUGGACAACAUAUAUUUUUUUCUUUUAAUAAUUAAAUGUAUGGUACAAUGUGGAAUUAAUUUGAAUUUGAAUAAAAAGAUAGCAUAACAAAAUGUAUUAAACACAAAGCUUCUGUAUGUAAGUCCAACACCUGUUUGUAAGAUAAGGACCAAUCAUCAGUAAAUACAGACAAAUCUCAACAGUAAAUCAUUUUCAAAAAACCAACACCAACAUUUUAGUGUCUGUCGAUGAGAUGUUGACCUCCAAAGGUGAUACAUACUUAAAGUGCCUGUCACUUUUACCUGUUCAGUUCUUUAUUGUUUUAAUAUUACUGAUACCAAAAACUACAUGUACCUGGUAAUUAUUUUAGACUAAGCUAGGAGCACUGUCCAGAUAUUAUGGGAUAUUGCUGGGAGCACGACCUUCAACUUUUACGGCUUAUGUUUAUACUCUAUACAUUUACCUGUGAACUGCUGGGUAAACAAAAUAUCUAGUGAAAAGGUGGGUGCGUUCAAAUAAAACAUUGAUAUAAAUUUUAUAUAUAUACAUAUAGAUACAUAAGUAAUUGCUGUUGAAGGAUUUUUGUUGAACAAAAUGCCCUAAGUCUGAUGUGUUGUUUUCAGAUUAAAGAUCUUAAUCUAUUAUUUUUGUUAAUGAUACUAAAAAUCUAUCUGUGUAUUUUAUGUCAUCACAAUGGGUAAAAAGCCUAUCACGAUUGGUUGUAGUGCUUGCUCAUUGUGGAGAGAAAUGGUGACAUUUUUUAUAAAAGUUUUCUUUUCAUUGUGUGUCCGAAUAUCCUGUUACUGAAUGUAUAAGCUGGAAUGUCUGUGAUCAUCUUUGUACUGUUAAUUGAUGUAUUUAAACAUUUGUUUCUUAAAUACUUUAGUUCUUAUUGUUGACCUUAACAGCUGAUGCCAAUAAAUGACCUUUAUACAC